AUGGGUUGCGGAAUGAGCACAGAGGAGAAGGAGGGCAAGCAGAGAAAUGAGGAGAUUGAGAACCAGCUCAAGCGCGACAAGAUGAUGCAGCGCAACGAAAUCAAGAUGCUGCUGCUCGGUGCUGGUGAAUCCGGCAAGUCGACGAUUCUCAAGCAGAUGAAGCUCAUUCACGAGGGCGGCUACUCACGCGACGAGCGGGAGUCGUUCAAGGAGAUCAUCUUUAGCAACACAGUGCAAUCAAUGCGCGUCAUUCUUGAGGCCAUGGAGUCGCUCGAGCUGCCUCUCGAUGACCAGCGUGCCGAGUACCACGUCCAGACCAUCUUCAUGCAACCCGCACAAAUCGAGGGCGACAGCCUGCCACCGGAGGUUGGAAACGCCAUCUCGGUGCUCUGGAAGGAUGCCGGUGUGCAACAGUGCUUCCAACGCUCGCGCGAGUACCAGCUCAACGACUCUGCCAAAUACUACUUCGACUCGAUCGACCGUAUUGCCGCUCCCGACUACAUCCCCAACGACCAGGACGUACUACGGUCGCGUGUAAAGACGACGGGUAUUACCGAAACCACCUUCAUCAUUGGUGACCUCACCUACCGUAUGUUCGAUGUCGGUGGUCAGCGAUCAGAAAGGAAGAAGUGGAUACAUUGCUUCGAGAACGUCACUACGAUCCUUUUCCUGGUUGCCAUCUCAGAAUAUGACCAGCUGCUCUUUGAGGACGAGACUGUCAACCGUAUGCAGGAAGCUCUCACCCUAUUCGACUCCAUUUGCAACUCGCGGUGGUUCGUCAAGACAUCGAUCAUUCUCUUCUUGAACAAGAUCGAUAGGUUCAAGGAGAAGCUGCCCGUCAGCCCCAUGAAGAACUACUUCCCCGACUACGAGGGUGGCCCAGACUACGCUGCGGCAUGCGAUUACAUCCUCAACCGAUUUGUCUCGCUCAACCAACACGAGACCAAGCAGAUUUACACUCACUUUACCUGCGCAACCGACACGAUGCAAAUUCGGUUCGUCAUGGCAGCAGUAAAUGACAUUAUUAUCCAAGAGAACCUUCGGUUGUGCGGUCUAAUAUAA